AUCCACUUCCCUCGAAGGAAAAGGGAAAGCGAAAACAAGAUGUCUGGUCCCGAGAAAGCGCCUGUCGAUGGUGCCCCCGCUGCUCCCGCUGCUCCCUCGAGCUCCACCUCUAAGCCCGAUCGCACCUAUUACACAUGGGCCAAUACCUUCUCCAUUUUACUCUCGCGCAUGAAUGGCAACCGCAACAUCCCGCUCGAGAGAGCCUACUUCGCCGCCCAAGACAAUAUCAAGGCAGAAUCUUUCUGCAGGACCUGCGAAUCCCGCCGCGACUACCUGCUUCAAUACUCACCCACCGUCACAUUCCUGAGAGACGAGGUGGCCAAGCUCGGCGGCCAACUCGAUAGCAAGAAUAUACAUUGCCGCAUGUGUACGGCGGAUCAGAGUGGAGGCUUUCACAUGGAUCAUGGCAUCAUGCUGUGUGCCAACAGUUUUCGGAAUCGCGGCCAUCAGGAGGAUACCAUGGCACAUGAAAUGGUGCAUGCCUGGGAUCAUCUGAAGUUCAAGGUUGGCGAUGACAACAUGAAGCAUCAUGCCUGUCUAGAGAUUCGAGCAGCUACACUAUCGGGCGAAUGUCGUUUUACCCGCGAAUUCUUCACCAGAAAUCAAUGGCGCAUCACUGAGCAAUUGCAGAAUUGUGUUCGAAGACGCGCGACCCUGUCCAUGAUGGCUAGGCCAGCUAUCAAGAACGACGUCCAGGCGGCCAAGGUCGUCAACGAAGUAUGGGAUAGUUGCUUCUAUGAUACCAGACCUUUCGAUGAAAUAUACCGGUAA